AUGCUUCACUACGCCAAGCUGAACAAGUGUUUCUGGGGUGAAGCGGCAAUGGCUGCGAUUUACAUCAAGAAUCGCCUACCAUCGCCCAAGUGCCAAGAUCAAACCCCGUUUGAGAUCGUCAACGGAUUUCGACCAAGUGUGAAGCACAUGCGGGUUUUCGGCUGCCGAACGUUUGUGCUGACUCCUAAGGAAAAGAGAUCGAAAUGGGAUCCGAAGGCUCGUGAAGGACUAUUCAUGGGGUACGAAGAAGUGUCAAAGGCAUAUCGCGUUUACGACAUUGAAGCCGACCAAGUGGUGAUAUCUCGCGAUGUCACAUUCGACGAAUCAACGCUUGGGUUCUCGCCGAUGCUACCACAAGAAAUUGUUGAUGACACUGCGCUGGAUAUCGAAUCGAUGAACAUCAGCGAUGAGCCUCACCCCAUGCAGAUCAAGCAAACUGGAAAACGCAAAAGCCGUUCAAACAGCCAAGAACAAGUUCUACAACGGACACUUCUUGAGCGUCGUGGAACCGGGUUAGAAGAAGCAAGUGCCCCGGAUGACUCUGAAUCGCACCAAGCGAAGCGACGAUCAAGCGCUCGAGACAAUCUGGACAAAGAGCAAAAGAGCAGUGACAAAGAUAACGAGGAUGCUACACCUGAAGUCUUUUGGCGAGCGAGUGCCAAUGCAGUCGAAGGUACUGACUUGUCUGAGCCGACAACGUUUAAAGAUGCUGUUGGUGGACCAGAUCAAGUGCAUUGGCGUAAGGCAAUCUGUGCCGAUUUGGACUCGAUGAAACUUCGUGGCGUGUUUCGAGCGACCAAACUUGUUGACGGUCAUCGGUUUCUACCAGUACUGGUAACCGUGACCGGUCCAAUCCGAACCGCCUGUUCAGCUUUGUAUUUACGACGUAGUUCUUACGGUAAUUACCAUAGUUGA